UUUUAAAACUAAAAAAAGUAAUAAUUUGCACGGAGGCAUGGAGUAAAGAGGCGGAAGGCGGACUGAAUACUCCAGCUGGCCGUGGUGGUUGAUAAGAGUUGGCCGCCUGUGGCGCUCCUGGCGGCUGUAGUUUGUGAUAAUGAUCAUUGUGCAGUUGCAGAGAUGGAUGGUUCGGAGACGGAAGUAAUAGAUUUGACGCUGGACGAGGACGAUGACCUGCUGGAUUCAACGCUUCCCUCCCAGUGCGGGGGCGACGCCUUGAAAGGCGAGGACAAUGCCAGCAUUUACAGCCUGGAGACGCUGCCGACGUCCCUGUCGCGGAUGGAGACAGUCCUCGGCGUCCGGGACGCUGCGGGGAAGGGGCUGCCCACCCUGGCCGAGAACGACGAGAACGACGGCGAGCAGGAGGAUUCGCGAAACAAUGUUCGGCCUGGAAACGGCGGUCAUGACGUUGUUCUCCCUGCCGAGGCGGCGUCCUCCCCCUCUUCGAGGAGGUCCCCGAAGCAAAUGGAACCCACGGCUGCGGCGGACGUGCCCGAUGACGAGCCGUUGUUCCCCUGGAUCGACCCGUUCCACGUUUCGCGGCCGACUUUCCAAUUUGACAAGGGGCAGGUGACGGUCCGGGAGAUCCCUGGCGACGGCCACUGCCUGUUUCGGUCCUGCCUCCACCAGCGGCGAUCCCCCGACCGCCGCCGGACCCUCCCCUCCGACGCCGAGGUGAACCGGCUGCGCAACGAGGUGGCCGCGUACAUGCGCGACCACCGCGCCAAGUACCGGGCCUUCUUCAGCGACCGCAUCCUCAACGACAGCAUCUCGACGGUGGAGAGCGGCGGCUGGGGCGACUGCGCCUCCUUGUCGGCCAUCGCCAACAUGUGGCGGUGUCCGAUAGAGGUUUACGUGGAGAUGGGGGCGGUGAUCCAGCACCUCCCCGACGACGAGGAUAGCGACGCCGCAGACUCUCGCCCGGACGCGCCCGCGCUGCGCCUGGCGUACCGCUGCGCCGAGGAGGACGGCAACUGGAUUCAUAAUCAUUAUGACUCCGUCGAGAGUGUCGUACUGGACACCGCCAGCUCCGCGCCGCGGUCGCCGCCCCCCUUCCCCAGCACGGAGGAGACGGGGCAGCCAAGGACGGCGUCGUCGCCGCCCCCCUUCCCCAGCAUGGAGGAGACAGAGCAGCCGAGGACGGCGUCGUCGCCGGAACCCUCCAUGAGCACGCACAGCACGGCGCCGUCGCCUGGAGGCCGCAGCUCGAGGAAGAGGACCUUGCAACGCGGCACCCCCGCCAACAGCGCCAAGCGGUCUGGCGGGCCGUCGGCCACCUCCACACCGUUCGCCGCGUCCUGCCCCGCACCCUUCGCGGCUGGUGACGGCCUCGGCGUCGACCGGAACUCCUCACAGGACUUGGUGGACCCGGCUUCGCCCGCCCCCGCGCUCACCCCUCCCGGCUCGCCGCACGACCAGUGCGUCUCGGCGUCGCAGGAGACGCUCAAGGCGAAGCAAGGGUCCGUGGCUCCGGAACCGUCAGAAAAGCGUGCGGCCGUGCAGAACAGGCUGCGUCCGUCUUCGUCCGCCAGCGGCAGCGACCGUCUGGAGACGACUGUCCUGCCGCCACUGCUCACGGGGAAUGACCCUUCCUUAGCAGCGGAGCCGUCGACGGACCUCACAGACGGCCAUCUCGACCUGACCGACUUGCCCCAGCCUGCCCUCAGCGCCACCGAGAAGACCAGCGAGUGGCUGUCCAAGGUCUGGGACCUGGGCAUCGACGUCGACGAGGUGGUUGCCGCCUUUGCGUCGAGUCCAGAAGACGAGGGAGAAUACCUGGAAGACGUGUCGGACAAGACGCAAGCCGCUUCGCCCGGACACGGCGACGAAGCAAAACUUGUUGCAGAUGCGCAAUGCUCAAUCUCGUCUGUAGUAGUUUGUGAUACUGUGAUUAGAAGCUACAGCAAUUGCGACAUCGGUUCGCCCAGGAAAACCAAAAAUGCGCCAAAUUUAGCCAUAAGCACACGUACAAUCAGUACCAAUGUAUCAUUAUCGAAUGGAAAGCUCAUUGGAACUUUCCAAGUGUUUUAUUGAUUUCAGCAUGACUUUGUUUUAUACUUCAUGGUUAUAUAUCAUUUUUAUCAUUAUACUUUUGGUACAAAUUUUUGUAUGAAUUUUACUCUACGUACAUAGUAUUAAAUUUUCUAUUACGUUGAA